GUCACUGCCACUUUAAACUGAACAUGUAAUGUAUUCCAGAUCCUUCGAUAUUACUGUAUGUUAACUGUAAAUGAUUCUGCUGUUUAAGAGCAUACUUUCCUUAUUACUAAUCCCCGGGGUGAUGCGAUGCUUCCGCAUUAACCUCGCCAGUGCCUGAGUCAUUUGGAGAGUUUUUUAAAGGCGCUCUCAACUUUAAAAAAAUCAGUUUAAAUGCCAUCUUUGACACACACACACACACAUUCACCUGCUGAUUGGGCGAAAAGCGCGGGGACUCCCUCCUCUCUCUGGACCGAUUGGUUAUCGAGAUUUCCCAGCAGCCAAAAUUACGCGGGAGAGACAAGGGAGGACAAGAGUCUUUGCAAGAACUGGACUUACUUUAAAAAAAUAAAACGGUGGGGGGGGGAGAAAAAAAAAUCAAUGUAUAUCAUCAUGUCUGGAUCUGCGGGUUACGAUUCGCCCAAGCGGAUGGUCGUCUCUGUAAUCAAAUCCACGUGCAAUGCAGAGGAGGUAAAUCUGGGUCAGUUGUCAAUGUAUUUGCAAUGCCCAUGGCCAGAAAACUCCAACAACAUGAGUCUCAGCCCGACUCCCAGCAUCGGAUCAACAGGGUCCAACUCGCCCGGAGAGAGCCUUGACCUCCCCGCCUACAAGGACGGGACACGGCGCGGGCGUCCAAGAGCAGAGAUAGUCCGAGAUCUGAUCACUGAAGGCACUCUGUCCACCAGCCGCAUCCGCUGUCAGAUCUGCAAUCGGGUAUUCCCGCGGGAAAAGUCGCUACAAGCUCACAAAAGGACACACACUGGUGAGAGGCCGUACGUGUGUGACUAUCCGAGCUGUGGGAAGGCUUUCGUGCAGAGCGGGCAGCUGAAGACGCACCAACGCUUGCACACUGGCGAGAAGCCCUUCAUCUGUUCCGAGCCUGGUUGUGGCACUAAGUUUGCCCAUGCCAACCGGCACUGCGCCAAGCACCCGUACGCCAGGCUGAUGAGACAGGAGGGUGCAACAGAUCACAACUGCGCCCCGGUGACUGAAGAGGAUAAGGCGGUGGCGGCCUGGCUUGCAAGGUACUGGCAGAGUCGGGAGCAGAGGCUGAGCCCCAUGAAGGAAGGCACGGGCUUCCAGAAAUCUGACCUGGAGCUGAAGAAGUCGACGGAUGGCCACCGACAUAUGGAGGAGGAGGAGGACUUGCCGCCCCAUUCCGGUCGCCAGUUGCAAGAGCAGAAGGAGCGCUGGCACGGAGCCCUGGCACUUAUCCAAUUGGCCAACGUCUGCUCAGCACGGCCACUGUGAACACUUUACCUCAACCCCCCCCCCCCCUUGCUUGCUCGCUCAAUUCCCCAUCCCCCAAUCUUCCC